AUGCAGUGCAGUACUCUGUCGGUGGUGUGUGUGGCGGCGCUGGUGGUGUCGCUGGCGCAGCUCGGCGCGGGCGGCGCGGUGCUGGUGGUGUUCCCGGUGCCCAGCCGCAGCCACACGCUGCUCGGAGACCACCUCGUCACCACUUUGCUGCACGCUGGGCACAACGUGACAUACGUAACAACGUUCACGAGAGUGAAGGCGAGCGACCGCUUCACUCUGAUUGAUAUCGGCUCCGCUGCGGACGACGAGGAAGAGUCGAGUGGUACGCUCCGCCUCGAGCCGAGCUCGUCCCGUCUCCCGUCCCACCAGUUCCUGGCAGACGGCACCAGCAUCGCUGAGGGAGCGCUGCGUCACCGUCGGGUGCAGGCGCUGCUGAAGGACGUCACGCAAAGUUUCGACCUGGUAGUGGCCGAGUGGUACUACUCUGGACUGUUGGCUCCGCUGGCUGCGGUGUUCGAAUGUCCCCUGGUGUGGUACAGCGCGGGGGACGCGUCGUGGCUGAGCGUGCAGCUGGUGCAUGAGCCCAGCAGCGCCACCUACUUCGUGGAUCCGAUGUCCACCAGCCUGCCGCGGCUUCCGCCUGGCGUGCCCGACCGCCUGCGCCGCCUCGCCAGGCAGGCCUACCUCUCCGCAUGGGUAUACUAUAUGACCCACUACGUAGAGACUCCCGCGUACUACGAGAUCUAUCAGCUGGCCAUACAGCUGCGCGGGCGCACGCCACCGCUGUACGAGGCGCUACUGUACGAUGGCGCUUUACUGUUGGUCAACUCGCACCCAGCGCUGGGACAGGGCGUGCCACUGCCAAACAAUGCCAAGUACAUCGGGGGCCACCACCUCACGGCCACUAACACCACCCUCCCCAAGAAUCUUCAAACUCUGCUGGACAAUGCUAAGCAUGGAGUAAUCUACUUCAACCUGGGUGGCACAGUAAGCGAAGAGCUGCCGCUGGAGGUGAAGCGCGAGCUGAUGCGAGUGUUCCGGCAGCUGGAGCAGCUGGUGGUGUGGCGCCACCGCGGUGCCAGCGGGCUGCAGCACGCGCCGGGGAACGUGCACCUCGUCGAGCGCGCGCCACACCUCGCGCUGCUCAAACAUCCGAACACCAUCAUGAUGAUCACACAUGGCGGGUUCCUGUCAUACAUGGAGGCGAUGUACUACGGCGUACCCAUCAUCGGCAUGCCGGUGCAGGAAGACCAGCUCCUCACUAUAGACAUAGCAGCGAGCAGGGGACGAGCCAUUAAGGUGCACUUGUCUCAUGCCGGGAUAGGGUACAAGCUCAACGAAGCUAUCUUCGAAAUACUUGGCAACUACAGCUAUCGCAGCAACGCAAAGGAGGCGUCGGCGCUGCUGCGGGACAGGCUGGUGCCGGCCAGCCAGGAGUUGCUGUACUGGGUGGAGCUGGCGAUGAGGACCGGCGGAGCGCCGGCGCUGCGCUCCCCCGCGCUGCAGCUCAGCACCAUGGAGCGCUACCACCUGGACGUGGCCGCCGUGCUACUCAUGCUCGCCUGGUUCUUGUCCAAGGUGGCCAAGGUCAUCAAAGUUUACUGGGACGACUUCGGGACAGACACUCAAUAUUUUGAAGACAAGAAAAACGAAUAA